CUGCCCUCACCCAAGAUGGCGGCCCUGUGGGCUGUGUCCGGGCUCCGCCCGCGCCCCGGCCCCGCCUCUCCCUGGUCCCUCCCUCCGCCCCCUCGCCCGGCCAAGUCUAGCCUGUGGUGCUCGCGAACAGAGAGCGAGCUGCGGGUACUCGACAUGGCUGCUUCGGCGGUGGCGACUGCAGCGUCUAAGGGGAAUGGGGGUGGCGGUGGCCGGUCAGGGCCCAGCGAAGGCAGUAGCGCGAGAAAGAAGAAGUUCCCGGGGCCGUUGGCCACAGCGUACCUGGUCAUCUACAAUGUGGUGAUGACGGCGGGGUGGCUGGUUAUAGCAGUUGGUCUGGUCAGAGCCUAUCUGGCUAAAGGGAGCUAUCAUAGCCUUUAUUAUUCAAUAGAAAAGCCUUUGAAAUUCUUCCAAACUGGAGCCUUACUGGAGAUUUUACAUUGUGCUAUUGGAAUUGUUCCAUCUUCUGUUGUCCUGACUUCUUUCCAGGUGAUGUCAAGAGUUUUUCUAAUAUGGGCAGUAACACAUAGUGUCAAAGAGGUACAGACUGAAGACAGUGUCCUCCUGUUUGUUACUGCCUGGACAAUCACAGAAAUUAUCCGUUACUCCUUUUAUACAUUCAGUCUGUUAAACCAUCUGCCUUAUCUCAUCAAAUGGGCCAGGUACACACUUUUCAUCGUGCUGUACCCGAUGGGCGUGUCAGGAGAGUUGCUCACAAUAUAUGCAGCUCUGCCCUUUGUCAGACAGGCUGGCCUGUACUCCAUCAGUUUACCUAACAAAUACAAUUUCUCCUUUGACUAUUAUGCAUUCCUAAUUCUGAUAAUGAUCUCCUACAUUCCACUUUUCCCCCAGUUAUACUUCCACAUGAUACACCAGAGAAGAAAAGUCCUUUCUCAUACUGAAGAACACAAGAAAUUUGAAUAGUUCCUGCUUCCUGCACCAUCCCCCCAAACCAGACUUUUCAGUGAUCAAAAAAUGCUGCAGACUUUUUGAGUUCCCAAUACGUUUCAUAGAAAAGAAUUAAGAACUAUUUUUAAAAUACUAAAAACAAAAACAAAAAAACCAAAAUCCAGUGUCACAUGGGCCUGGGAUUUUAUAAAAAAGAAAAAUUUGAAAAGCUAUUACAUAAAAUGUCCUGGCCAGUCCAUUUCAGCAUGCUCUUUCAACCAGAAGUCCUCAGUAUUUACAAUGGCGCUAGAAAGGGAUUUGGCAUCUAUUCCUCAUGUGUCCGUCAUGUAUCCAAUAAAGAGACCUAUCACACUGACUGCUUGCGAGUACAGUCCAUCUGAGUAAGGAGCUUGUCCCAGUGUGCGCCCAGCUUGCAGCAGAGCUUGGUUCAGUCUGCAGUGUGUUUGGUGUCCCCUUCUCACAGUGCUUGACUGCAUGCUGGAAUCUCUUUGUAUUUAUGAAGCGGCAAACUUUGUUCUCUGGAAUGCUCUGAUGUUAUGGCUGGGACCUAGCCCCUCCUAUCUAGGGAAUGAAUUAUAAAAUGUAUAUGCCUGAGAAGCUUUGGGAUAAUGCCCUUAAACAGAAAAAAACCUAGAAACCCUUUGAUUCUUUUCAGUUGAAUCAUUAUUGCCUGCCACUAAGAAACAUGCUUGAAUUUAAUCAGUAUGUGUAUGUUGUAAAGAACCUACCUUAACUUGGAGCUUGGCUUGGACUGUUUUAACAAGUGACAGUUCUCUGAGAGGUAAACUCAAUAGCUGGUAAGUGACAAGUACCUUUCACAGGACUGCUCUCAGAGCACCUCUGAGUAAUGUAUUUGCCAAUAGCUGUUCUCAUUUAUGGACUCCAAGCCCAUCUUGUCACAUAGGAGCAGGGAAUCUGUUAUUUCAAGUACAUGGAAGGUGUUGCUUUAAAAAUGUCUGGAAAAACAUUCAGGAAUGGCUUCCUACAGCAUUAUUUUGUUGUUUCAGUACUCACUAUCCUGUGUACUUCCCCUGACUAUAGCCCUGCAUUAAUCCCCACCAAGUGCUGAGAAAUGGCAUGUGUUCUGAAGUGAGAGCAGCACCGUCCUGCCAUGUUGAAGAGCCAUGAAAUGACUUGAUCCUAUGGACAUUGUCUAAUUAGCAUCAUAUCUUCAUGCCAUUUUAACUGCUCACCUCAACUGUGCAUUUAAAGUCCCUCAAGGAAGGGUUGGAUGAAAGAGUGAAGUGCAAGUUCAGAUGUGCACUUAAUUUUAAACACUGUCUUCUUUGUGGAGCCUUUUUUUUUUUUUGACCUUUAAGUCAGGCUUAGUAAUUUAAAAUACAAUUGUUAAUAGCAGAAGAAUGUCAUAAUGAAAAACUAAAUUUUAAAAUGCGUAUUUCCACAGGAACUUGAAAAUCUAAUCUAAGUAGGCAUAUAAUAAAUUUAUUUUUUAACUGAACAUUAAAAUUCGGCUUCAAGUCAGCACUGUGGGGUGUGUUGAGAUGAAUCUCUUCUUGUUGAUAGACAGAUUCUGGGAGAGAUAAUUUAUCUUCUUACCCCUUUUUAUUCUUCCAAAAUAUAUUUCUGCUAUAAAACAGAAUCAUCUUCAGUUAUGUUAGCCUUAUUUAUUUGGUUAAAUUUUUUUCAGUUCUUUUUGGAACUGUAGAAAAUAGGAUGAAAAAUGCAGGUUUUCCAGGAUUGUGGGACUGCAAGUUUUAUUCAGGCCUCUUUAUUAUAAUUUGUUGCUACUUAUGAAAAAACACUGUUGCAAAACAGCAUAUUGCAUCGAGUUGAACUUGGCAGUGAGAACGCAGCAAACAACCAACUCCCUUUUCAAAAAGGAUCUGGACCCCAGAGUAUGCUUUUUUACAUCAACAUUUAAAAUGCAGCAGAUAAGUAAGGCGUGUCACUGUGUCCUCCAGUAACCUCCCCAGUAACUGGUUUUUUUCUUCAAUCCCUAACAGGAAUUAAUUUCUCCUUUGAAGCAGUGCUGUUCUUUUAUACACUGAGAAAUCUAACCCCACCAAAUGUCACAUCUCAUUAUAAAGUGUGAAUGCUGAAGGCGAUGCUCAUUGGGGAUUUUGUCAGACUUAGUGGUUGCAUUGCAGGACACAAAGACACCAUCUUCCCAGCACCCACUGGAUUGGGUGUUUCAGGUCCCCCGAGGAGCCGUCUGCCCACAGAGGGACUCCUUUGAGGUGCACAGCAGAGCACUGUAGACACAGCUGCUAAUCUGUGUCUUGCUGUGUUUGCUGAGAUCAGGACCACUCAUCUCGUGACUCCACCCUGAUCAAAGGCCCUAUGGAGAUGUAGUCUCAGAAUAAAGCACUGACUUCCCCAGUAAGAGUUUCUUGGAAGCAGACUUCAGCAAGGAAGAUGCUGAGCUUAAGAGGCAGAUGAGAUUAUGCCCUCAUUUUUCAUGUCUUGUGUUGGUUAUUCAUGUCUAAUAAAAGGCUGGCAUUGAUGUGGUCCAACCUGUAAAUUAUUUUCAAUUCUGAGUUUCCGAUAAAACAUCAAAUUCAUUACACACUGCUCCUUUGAAAUUUGGGUAAAAAAUUAGACAACUAUAUAUAGAGUCAUUUUUGUAUUUUUUCUAUGUUGUGAAAACCAAAAUUGUAAUUUUAUAAGUCUUUGAUUCACUAAAAUUAUAUAAUUUAAAUGUAUUUUUUGUAUAUUUAGAAAUAAGGAGUUCAAAGACAAUGCUUAACUUUCUAUGCAUGCAUUUGAAAGUGUUUCUACCUGAUACUGUAGUCAUAAGUUAUAUUCAUAAAAUCAUGAUCUGGUCUGUGUUGCAUUUCAAAAUAAACUGGUGUGUGUGCUCUGCCUGGA